AUGGCGGAGGUGGACGGUCGAAGGAAACAUGUAACGCGAAGGCGGAUGUUUGCACUGCAGCAGAAAAGGGAGCAGAGACUGGAAACGACCCUUCUCGGGGGGGGAACAAGCAGCGACGGCAGUGAAUUAUCAGAAGAAACAGACGCGCUGUCCUGGACGCUGUGGACCGACAAAGCAGAGGCUGCUGCAUCAGGACAGGCAGCCUCGGGAAGUGGCAGAAAUCCCCGACAAUCCCCUCGGCCUCCGGCCGGCGCAGUACCAGACAGGGGGAGCAUCUUCUUCAUUGCACAAGCCCGGGUCUCCAGCCCAGCGCGCAGCGACCGGCGGGGCAGAGGGACCGGGCUCCAGACAGCGCUGCAGCUCUGCAGCCCCAGACGUUUCUGUUAUGCGGCAGUCAGGUGCAUUCGUACGCGAAUAGCUGCUCAGCUUCUCCCCCCAAAAAUCCCACCACCCUGGAGUGACGGACCGGCCUCUUUGAGAGGCGCGGGAGCGAUGGAGGGGACACAGGGGAGCCCCGAGAACCCCAACAGGGCCGUGGAGUACCUCCUGGAGCUGAACAACAUCAUCGAAAACCAGCAGAAGCUGCUGGAGAAGCAGCGGAGCAGGAUCGAGGAGCUGGAGGGGCAGCUGGAGAGGCUCAGCCAGGAGAACAAGGACUUGAGGCUGGACCGGCAGAACCAGCACCACAGCAACCCGGCCCAGAACCCUCCGCCCGUGCCUCAGAGGGACCGGCGGGGGCAAGCCCGCCUCGUCAGGGGGGUGUCCCGCAGCUCCAGUCCCGGGGCUGGAGACAGAGGGGACAGAGGAGACAGCUCAAGCACCAGCCCAGCCACCACUCUCCAGAGACAGUAA